UCCUCCUCUUGACGGCUGACUUCUUGUUGACAAACGUGACCGAUGUUCAUCUUCUCUCGGUCCCGUUUGCACCUUCUUGUCGCCGAGUGGAAUUGAAAUGUGAUUUGACGGGAUCCGGUUCGGACGAAGAUGGAUCCCGCGUGACGCCGUGAAUCCGGUCUAACGUGACAUCAUGCUGAAGUGGCUUUCCGGUGAAGAGGGAGCGCCAGGGUCUGCAGGCCCUGGCUCUCCCCGCCGAGAUGCUGCUGCUGCUGCUGGCGGCGUCGUCGGAGAACUCGCUGCAGAGGAACUGUCGGAGCGACUGAACCAAACGGAGCAGCUCGUCGCUCAGCUGAAGGAGAUGAUCCGGGAAAAGGAUGCGACACUCCGCUCCAAAGACGAGCAGCUGAAGGUGGAGAAGGAGGCGUCUGAGGCCAAACUGUCGAAGCUGCGUCUCCAGAACAAGGCGAAGGUGACGUCGCUCUCGACGCAGCUGGAGGAGCUGAAGACGCAACAGGGAGGUCAGGGAACGCCGACGCACGGCAGGAAGGGCUCGUCGGAGGAACACGCCAGUCGAGGGAAGAUCGUCCUGCUGAAGAAGAAAGUGGAGGAACUAGAACAGCAGCUCGUACAAAGAGACAAUGAGCUGGACAACAAGCGGAAGGAGGUGGAGUCCCAGCGGCAGCGUGGGGAGGAGAUGGACACAAUGCUGACGGAGAAGGACCGGAAACUGGAGGAGAAGGAGGCGUACAUCGUCCACCUGCAGACGGCGUCGGCCGGAGAUCAGCCCGUCGUGCAAAAGGUGGCGGAGGACGGUGCGGCAGCGCAGGAGCUGCAGCUGCUGCUGCAGAAUCUGACCAGGAAGGUGGGCGAGGCCGACGAGCGCUACAGUUUGCUGCAGGAGCAGACGGACAGUCUGAAGGAGCUGCUGGUCACGGAGAAGGAGCAGUACGCCCAGAAGGAGAACAUGUACAAACAGAACAUCCAGACGUUCAAAGACAUCAUCAUUGAGAAAGACCAGCAGCUGGUGGAGAUAAACCAGACGCACGAGCAGGAGCUCUUCAGACUCGCAGCCAAGUCUGACGCCAGCGCCGACCUGGAGCAGCUGUUGAAAGCUCUGAAGCAGAAGCUCCAUGAGAAGGAGGAGGUUCUUCUGGGUAAAACCCAGGUCAUCGACGUCCUGCAGGCGGAGGUGGACGGACGGGACGGACAGAUAAAGGAUCUGACUGAGCGGCUGCGGCGGCUGCAGGUGGAGCGAGAGAGCCUGGAAUCCAAGAUGGAGGCAGAGAAACACGUGAUGCGAGCGCAGCUCCGCGACCUGAUGGAGAAGCAGCAGGCGGAGGCGCAGCGGAUGGCCGAACAGCACCGGUCAGAGAUGGACCGAGCCCAGCAGGACCUCCUGGACCAGCUUGAGGAGCUGCGCAGGGCCUCGGUGGUCGCAGCGCCCCCUGCUGUGCAGGAGGCCUCGGGGGCCGAGUCGGCCUCCGUCCAAAGAGUAGCUGAGCUGGAAGCCCAAGUAAAACAAAAAACGGAAGAAGCCGGCCGAUCGGAGGCCAAGUUCUUGAAGAUGAAAGCCUGGUCCAAGUCUCGCAUCCGGCAGCUGGAGGAGGAGCUGAAGAAAAGUCAGGCUGGAGACGCCCCCCCGCAGCUGACGGCCCUGCGAAGUCGCAUCACGGCGCUGGAGGAGGAGCGAGAGGAAAACCUCUGGAGGGUCGAGCAGUACGAGGAGCUCAAAACAAAGAACGAAAUGCUGGAGGCGAAGCUGGUGGUGUACGAGGAGCAGCAGAGGACGCUGCAGGCCGAUCUGGAGCAGUUCACCAAGAGGACGGCGUCGCAGGCCAGCGAGUCGGGCAGCGCGGACGACGCUCAGAGCCAGGUCCUGGAGUGGCAGGAGAUGGUGUCGGAGGCGGCCAGCGCCAGGGACCGGGCCCGGGAGGAGAAGGCCGCCAUGGCCCUCCGCAUCAGCCACAUGGAGGAGGAGAGAGAGGGACUGAUUGAGGAUGACUGGUUCUUUCCUGGCUGCUCCGAUCCAGCACUGGCCUCUCGGCAGCAGGAGUUGGAGGAGGAGCUGGCUGAAGCUCGGGGGCUCGGCCACCACAGGGCCAAGAAGCCGACGGCUCCCGCCCAGCGGAGCCUGCAGGAGGACUUUGAGUUUGACGGACAGGUCCGGUUCCAGGAGCCGCGCAGCGCCUCGGAGAGCACGACCCCGAUGGAGGGCGAGAACAUGGGAGGUUGGUGGCCCGAGUACAGUUCCCCUGAUACAGACGGUUUGCGGUCGGUCGUGGAGGAGCUGGAGCUGGAGAGGAACCAGCUGCAGGAGCAGAUCCUGAGUCUGGAGGAGCGCUGUCAAGACCUGGAGGACCGGCUGCAGCUGCAGGCGCGAAUCGAGUCGCUGCAGAACGAGUCGGAGAAACUUCAGAGUCAACUCGCCGCCAUCCGGAGUCAACAGAUGCGAGAGGCUGAGAAGCAUCAGCUGCUGGUCAGCAGCCUCAACGAGCAGCUCAGAGGUAUGAGCGACACACAAGAGUGCCUGGAAAGUUCCCUGAUCGAGAAGGAAAACACUUUGGCCAAGACGUCAGAGAAACUCGAGCUCAUCAACAGCCUCCGAGAAUCUCUGAGCGAGAAGGAAAUUCAGUACAAAGACGCGUCGGAGCGACUCCUUCAGACUGAGCACGCUCUCGACGACAUCUCAAAGAAAUAUGGCAGCUCAGAGAAACGAUGCUCCGAGUUGAAAGCAGAAGUUUCCGACCUCACGCAGAAGUUCACCGCGCUGAAGGAGAAGACACAAAAGCAGGAAGUCACCAUAGAAUCUCUACAAACGGAGCUGGAUCAGACGAACGAGGAGCUGGACAAAAUCAACACGGCUCACCUGGAGGAGCGAGCCCAACUCAUCCACGACCUUCAAGCCUGCGAGCGGGAAAUCGACGGUCUCAAGGAAGUCGCGUUGGAGAAGGAGAAGGAGAUAUCGUCGCUCUCCGCCAACGUGGUGGAGUACACGGAACAGGUCGCGGUGCUAAAGCGGGAGAUCAAACUCAAAGAGGAGAACCUGGUCCACGUGGAAACGGCGCUGAGGAAAGCCGAGCGGGAGGCGGAGAUUAUCAGAGACUCGCAGAGCUCGGACCAGCAGACCCUGAACAGCAAGUUCACUGAGGUGGUGGAGAAGCUCAAGGACACGGAGGCGGAGUUGGUCAGGGCCAAAGAGGAAAGAGAGUCCAAAGUGUCCGAGGUGGAACAUCUGCUGAAGCAGACGGAAGACGACCAGAGAACCGUUCAGGAGCUUCGAGGGGAGAUCCAGAAACAGACAGUGAGCCAUCGUCAUCAUCUCUCUGAGUGUGAAACACACAUUGCCUCGCUGAAGGAGCAGCUGAGUUCGUCCACGCAGAAGCUGCAGGAGUCAGAAGAACUCGCUUCGCAGCUCAAGGACAAAAACACAGACAGUGAGAAACUACACCAGGAGCUUCAUGACAAAGAGCAGACGUACGAAAAAGAACUGAAAUCCUUCAAGGAAGAGCACAACAAACUUCUGGCUCAGGUGGAAAAAUACAACAGUGAGAUUCAGACAUUGUCCAAACAGUUAGAGGAGCGAGUGCAGAGUGAGGAACACAUCAGACGAGAGAUGCAAGCGAAGGUGGAGUCGAUUGCGUCUCUGGAAAACCGAGCGGAGGACGAGCGGCGUGAAUUCAACAGCGAGUUACAAGCCCGGGAUUCCGAGAAGCAGAAGUUGAGCAACGAGCUCAGAAGCAAAACUGAAAACGUCUCCAAACUCAAGAACCAAUUGAAAAGUGCAAAGACGGAGAAACGGCAGCUGAGUGACGAGCUGGAGCUGCAGAGGCAGAACGUGAAGGAGCUGAAUGAAAAGGUGACGUCUGCACUCGACCUCCACAGCCGCCUGGAGGAUGAGGUGAACCGCCUCACGCAGGAGAAAGAGACACUCGAGCUGGAGGUGAGCGAGAGCGUCAGGAACGUCUCAGGUGUGACAGUAGAAAAAGAUUCCUUGCAAACCAAAAUAUCCACGCUGGAAACGCAGCGUUCGCAAAACGACAGAGUCAUCGAAGGGCUACAAAAAGACAAAGAGGAACUGACGCUUCAGAUCCGUGAGUUGAACAGAGUCGUCGAGCAGAGCGCACACUCGAACUCCGAGGUCCUGCUGGAGAAAACCAACGAGUGCCGCGAUCUCGGCCGGCUGCUCGGCGAGCGGCAGGAGGACGCCACGCGGUUGCAGGAAAGAGUGCAGAGCUUGACCUCUGAGGUGGAGCAGCUACGGCGCGACGCGGCGGAGAAGAUGCAGACCGCCGGCGACCUGCACGCACGAUUACAGGCCGGACAAAACCAGCAAAUGCACCUGGAGGAAACGCUGUCGCUGCUGCGAGAACAGGAAGCGGAGCAGAACGCCAUGUUGAAGGAGAAGCAGGAAGAGUGCGGCCGUCUGCAGGAGGAAGUCGCAGCUCAGAAGAACGUUGUGUCCGAGCUGCAGGCCACGGCCGAAUCGCUUCACGAGGAACAGUCCCAGCUCAGGCUGCGACUCCGAGAGAGAGACGAAGUGUUGGAAGACACGACGCGACAGUGUCAAAAACACAAAGAUGAGCUGAACGAUAUGAACGAGACCGUCAAGGCUCAGAGUGACCGGAUCAGUGUCGUGGAGGGAAACGCCAGAAAGCUGGAGACUGAGGCGGAGCAGCGGCAGGCGGAGCUGAGGCGCUCGGACGACCGUGUCCAGGCCCUCGCCGAGGAAAACCAGCGGCUCCGAGCUGCUUGUGAAUCCAGACAGAAGGAUCUCGCUCUGCAGACCCAGGCGGCGUCGGACCUUCAGUCACAGCUGGAAACAACCGCCGAGCAGAACUCCUGCUUCAGCGCGAGCGUUAGCAGGCUGACAGAAGAUAACCAGAGACUACAGGAAGAGUUGGCACAGAACAUCAGAUCAGUUUCUGAACUCACGAUUGAGACGAGUUCACUCCGAGAGAAAAACUCUGCGCUCGAAAUCUACAUUUCAGACAAAGAGAAGACAAUCAGCAGCUUGUUGAAGGAGAAGGAGGAGCUCAGUACCGAGGCGCAGGAAUUAAAAAAUGUCCUGAAGGAAAGCGAACUGUCCAACUCUGCGGGUUUGCUCGAGAAAACGAGCGAGUGCGCCAGUUUGUCAAAAACGUUGAGGGAGAGAGAAGAACAACUUCAGAGUUUACAGGAGCAAGUGGACGAUUUAAAAUCGCAAGCGAGUCGACUCAACGUGUCCCUGAACGAGAAAGAUCUGACGUUAGCAGAGCGGAGUUCCCAGUCGGAGGCUCGGCAGAACCAACUGCUGCAGCUGCACGACACCGUGUCUGCGCUUCAGGAACAAGUGUCGGUCCUGAAGUCGGGGCUGAUGGAGAAAGAGACGAGGAUUCAGCAGAAGGCGGAGGAAUGUCGUGUCAGUCAGAACCAAGUCACGCUGCAGAGAGACGUCGUCUCUCAGCUGCAGGACGAGGCUGAGUCGCUCAGGCGGGCGUGCUCGCAGGCGAAACUGCAGGUGGAGCAAAAAGAGCAGAGGCUGAACGACGUGUCGAAGGAGUUUCUGGACCAUAAAGAUGAGCUGAACAAACGAAACCAGUCGGUGAUUGCGCUCAGCAGUCAGCUCGGGGUCAUGAACGAGAGCGCCGCAGAGAUGGAGGCUGAAGUUACCAACCUGAAAGCUGCCGUGCAGAAACUCACCGCGGAGAACAGUCAGCUGACGCAGGAAGAGGACCAGAGGAGAGCUGAGACCAUCGAUUUAAAGGACAACCUUCAGGCGCUGAACGAGCAGAACGCCAAAUUAGAAUCUGAACUUCUGAACACAGUGACGGUUCUGUCCGAAGCACAAGAAGAGGUCCAGUGUCUCAGAAAAUCAGUCUCUGAUAGAGAGAACGAGCUGAAAGCGGCGCACGGCGAGCGGGAGGCACUUAACUUGACCGUGAAGGGAAAAGACGACUCCCUGACACAGCAGCAAAGUUUGAUCCAGCAGCAGGAGCAGCAGCUGAAACAGAAAUCAGACGAUGUCAUCAGACUGAACGCUAAAGUUUCCGAGCUCGAAGAUUCAGCCUGUGAGCUCAGAGGUCACGUCGAGCGUCUCGCCGCAGAGGCGUCCACGCUGAAAAACACCCUGGAGAAAAGGGAAGAGUGGAGUGUCGAGUACCAGAGUCAUUCUUCAGCUGCCGUUGACAAUCUUCAUUCAAACCUACAAGCCAAAGAUUCAGAAUGCGAGCGCUUGAAAGAGCAGAUUUCACACCUGGAGGAAUCCGUCUCGAAGCUGGACGACGCCCGGCGAGCUCAGGUGGCCCAGUCCGAACACCUGAAACAGGCCCUGUCGGACCAGUCCAAGUCUCUUCAGGACGUUCAGAGAAGAGCGGACGAGGCGUCGCUCUUCAGAGCGCAGUUCGUGGAAAGCACAGAGCUGGUGUCGCAGCUGCAGAGUCAAAUCCAGCUGCUGUCCGCCGAGUCCGAAAACCUCACAAGGUCAUCGCAGGAAACCCAGAGUGCCUUCAACAACCUGCAGGAGAAGUACGCAGCCAAGUUGGAGGAGUCGCAAGACGCGAGCAAGCAACUGUCCCUUCGGAGCGACGAGGUGUCCGACCUGCGGAAGUUACUGGACGAUUCCACUAACGAACGUCAGACAGCGAAUAUCUCCGUAGAAACGCUGAGAAACGAGUCGUCGGCGAUCCGCCGCAAACUGGAGAAAACCGAAGAGCUGAACUCCAGCCUCUCGAAGGAAAAGGACGAAGCUUUAGCUUCUCACCAGGCGAGCGUGUCGCUGCUGACCGUCGAACUCGAAAGGCUCAAAUCGCAGCAUCUUCAAGUCGUCGCUCAAAUGAACGCGCUGACCGAAAACCUGGAGCAGAGAGAGAUGGCUCUGCAUGCGAUCAACAGCCAGUACACGGCGCAGGCCAAGCACGCGGCGCAGCUGCUUUCAGAAAUGCAAAAAGUAGAAGAGCAAAAUAAGAGACUGAGCGAGGAGAGUAGUUUGUCGAAGGAGGAAGUUAGGAAGCUUGUUGCAGAGAAGGAGGAGCUGGAGGAGAGCCUCCGAGCAAAGGUCAGUGCCAGAGAUGAAGAACUCUCCAAAUUAACAGAAAGCGUUCAAAAGAUAGAGCAGAUUCUGCAGGACUCUGAGAAAGAGUGGCUGUUAGUUCUGGAUAAAGAAACGCUGGAUAAGAAUCUACUUGCAGAGCGAUUGAAAAGUGUUGAAAAUGAAACGAGAGCUAAAGACGCUAAAGUUAAUGCUUUGAAACGAGACCUGGACAGUUUGCAGGAGAAGCUGGCGGAGGCUUCCUCCGCCGUCAGCCGAGGCUCUGAUCAACUGAGCGCCAAAGAGUCGGAGGCGUCGGCCUCCAGGGUUCAACUGGAGAAGCUGUUAGCAUCAUUUCAGGAAAAGGAUCGAGAGAACAGUAAUUUGCAACAGGCUCUAACAACCGCGGAACGGGAGUUGGAGAAACUCGUAGCAAGAAAAUUUGGUACUGACACGGAUUCAACCUCCUCUGAGAGAUCGGCCUCUUUACAGGACAUGAUAAGACAGUUAGAGGAAAGACACGAGUCCGAGGUAGAUGCUCUGAAGAACGAGUUGGAUAAAAUACAGGAAGCACUUCAUGAAGGAGGGAGGAGCGAUGAGGAGAAGGGUCGACGUGUUGCUCUUCUGCAAGACGCCGUGCAGCAGUUACAGACGCAGCUUGACGCCGAGUCAGAGAAAGUGAGAGUAUCCGCUGUCGAACGUUCCUCUCUGCACGGUGAAUUGCGAGCAAGAGACGAGCAGAUGAGCCGCAUGGUCCUUCAGAUAAGUCAGCAGAAGGAACUGCUCGCCGGACUGAGUCAGCAGAUGAGGGACAAAGACGCGUCCAUCGCCCGAGUCAUGGAAUCGGCCUCCAAUGAAAGAGUGAACCUCUGUGAGGAAAAAGCGUCUCUAACAGCAAAGCUGGAAAACCUGGAGCGAGCACACGAAACAUCCACGAUGAAGCUCGGAGAGGUUUCUCAGCAGUUAGAAGAUCGCGCCUCUCGCUCUCAACGUGAAAUCGACUCCAUGAAUUCCGAGAAGCUCGAGCUGCUCAAGGAAAACGACGAUCUCAAAGGUGAAGUGGCGAAGCUGUCCAAAGAAAAGGACGCCAUGAAGAAGAAGCUUCAGGCUGCGCUCGUCGUACGGAAGGACCUCUUGAGAAAAAUUGAGGAGUAUGAAAACCAGAAAGAAGAGAGUGUGAAUAAAAGCGAGGUCUCGCUUUUAGAGGAUGAGUUGCAGGAAAUGACGACCCGAGCUCAGGCGACGGCAAAAAUGUGUCAGGAAAAAGUUUCACUUCUGGAACGCACACUUCUGGAGAAAGAGGAUGAGAUCGUCGAGAGCAGAACGGAGAGCGAGAGACGUCUCGAGCAAUUACAGUCGGAAAAACACGUGUUGCAAACCUCGUUGAAUGAGAAAGAGACGCGUUUGACGUCCGUCGUCGAGCAGCUGCAGUCCAGUGUCGCGGAGAGAGAAAAAGCAUUUGAGCGAGACCGAAACGGUUUGAUGCAGAAAUUAGAGGAGCUUCAAAAUGAACUUGAGACACGUAAGACGGAGACGAAGGAGAAAUCUGAGUUAGAGAACGAGCUCACACAGGUGAGGUCGGAAAAGGCCGUUCUGCAGAAAAAGGCUCAGGCUGCUUUGCUGGCGCGCAAAGAGACGAUGAAGAAAGCUCAAGGGAACGAGAAGAAACUGACCCAAGAGCUGGCGGAGCUGAAAGACGACUACAAGGCUCUGCUGGAGCAACGCUGUCGGCAGACCAACGAGCUGAACGGCCUGCGGAAGACCUGCCUGACUCAGCUGGACGAACUGGGCGCUCUGCAGCAGCUGCUGGAGGAGCGAGACGGAGCUCUUCAGGAUCUCAAGAUGUCUCUGGCUGAGAAAGAGAGCCAGUGCCAUUCGCUGUCACGACUGCAGGCGGAGCUGCAAACGGCUAAAUCCCAAACUGAGAACAUGGCUCUCGAGUUGGCGAGUAAAGACGAGGCUCUCGUCGUCGUGGAGCAAAGAGCAGGAGCUCUAGAGUCCAAACUCGGCAUCGUUGGAAACGACUUGGAGAAAGCCCGGUCCGAGGUGCGAGAGGCAACUGAAGCGUUCGAGAAAUAUAAGCAAACGAUGGAGGUCGCUGAGGUAGAGGCCCAACAGCAGAAGCAAGUAAAUGUCUCUGAGGAAGAGGAGUUAAGUGAUCGGAUGAAAGCGGAACUUGAGAUGGCUCUCGCUUUGGUUUCACAGAAAUCCCUGGAAGUUUUAAACCUGCAAGAGACGUUAACGGAAACGCAGCAGCAGUUCAUCGAGGACAAACGGGUUUUAACCGAGGAGCUUGAAAAGGCUCAGGCGCUUUGUACCGAGGCAGAAAGGAACUUGGAUGUGCUGAAGCGAGAAAAAGGAAACUCUUCUAGACUAGUGGAUGAACUCAUAGGUGAUGUGGCGGCGCUGAACGAGCAGCUCCAUCAAAAGGAGCCUGAACACUUGGAAGUGAAGCUGAAGGAGAGAGACGACGCCUUGUUAGUCUCUCGGGCUCACGUUGCAGAGAAGGACGAGCUGAUCGCUGCGCUCCAACUGCAGAUACGGCAGCAGAUGAAAAUGCACGAAGCUGCCGUUGAUCAAAUGAGAGUAGAGGCCGGUGAGCUUCAGAAAUCUCAAGAAGACGGCAACAAAGUGAACGAUCGAGACAACCAGAGCAAAGUUGCUCUGCUCACGAAGAAACUACAAGCGGCCCUAGUUUCUAGAAAAGAACUCCUGAGGGAAAAUGCAACGCUCAAGGGAGACGUAGAAAAGCUUUCAGCCGGACACAACGCUAAAGAAGCAGAGUGUUUUGUCCUGGAGUCGUCGGUGUCGAAGCUGAAACGACUGAAUGCAGAUCUGGAAAGUUCCGCGUCGUCUCUGAACAAGGAGAAAGACGAGCUCGGCGCCGAAGUCGAUCGCUUCCGCGACGAUAACUGCAGUCUGUCGGCGGCUUGCGACAGCCUGAAGCUGACCAUAGAAAACAUCACCCAGCAGAAGAGAGCUUUCUCCUGUCAGCUGGAAUCGCUCAAGGACUCUCAAACGGACGAGCUGUCCAUGUGCAAGUCGAAGCACGCCGAGCUGAAGCAGGAGUACGAGUCUCUUCUGCAGGCUUACGAAAACGUCAGCAGUGAGAUGGAUCAGAUGCGACAGCUGCUGGAGGAGGCCAAAAGAGACCGACAGGAGGCCCUGAGGAAAGUUCACAAACAAGAGACCGAGACGGAGGUCGUGGAGAAGCGAGCUGGAGAGAUGGAGGAGGAAAAUGAAAGAAUCAAGGAGAGGAUGCGAAAGUUUUCCAAAGAGAAAAAGCAGAAGAUCGAGGAGCUGGAAGAAGAGAAUCAGAACAUGAAACUGGAACUGGCCGAGCACGAGGAAGAGCAGAAAGCGGCGACGUGCGAGCUGGAGGCAGAGAUCUGUCGACUGAAAGAGUCUUCAGGCGAGCUCGGAGCGAAACUCGCAGAGAUUCAGGCCGAAAGAAUCCAGCUGGAAGAAAACCUGCGAGAGGCUCGCAGAUCAUUGGACCAGACGCACACGGAAUCAAGUACAUACUCCAACAACGUGCAGCUGAAACUGGACGAAGCUCUCGGUCUGAACACGUCGCUGACUGCCCAGAUCGAGGCCCAGAAAACAGAACUCGGUGCUCAGUUGGGAAUCAACGACCUGCUCCAGGGGGAGAAGCAAAAUCUGUCCCAAAGAAUUGAGGAGAUACAGAGCGAUCACGAGCUGCAGUUGGGAAAGAAAGACGCCGUCGUCAAAGAGCUGCGGGACGCAAUCAACCGACAUGGCCAAGAGACUAUAAGUCUGAACGAGAAGGUGAGAAUCCUGGGGGACGACAAGUCUCUUCUCCAAGAGGAGCUGGAGAACGUUCAGGAGGCGUCGGACAGAGUGAAAAAUGAAAAUGAGUAUUUGGAAACGGUGAUCCUGAAGAACUCCGAGAGGAUCGACGAACUGACGGAGUCCGUCGACGUUCUGCAAACCCAGAACACGCGUCUGUCCGCUCAGCUGGCGGCCAGCGAGGAGAGGAGCGAUCGGGUUCGACGAGAAAAAGAAGAGGAGCAGCUGAAGUUAGUCCGAGAGCUUGAGGAGAAACUGAAGACGGUGCAGCGAGGGAGCGAGGGCUCCAAGAACGUGAAGAGAGAACUUCAAGAGCUGCUCAGAGAAAAGCACCAGGAGAUAAAUCAUCUGCAGCAAAACUGUAUCAAGAACCACGAGCUGAUCUUAGACAUGGAGAGCUCUCUGAAGAGCUCGCAGGCGGCCUCCGAACACUCGGAGAAGGAGCUGAAGAGAAGUUCAGAGAAGAUGUCGCUUCUCGAGGAGAGAAGCAAACGAGCCGAGGCCGAGCUGAUGACGAACAGGCGUCUCCUCCAGGAGGUGACGGAAAAGAUUCACAGGGUCGAGUCCGAGAGAGACCAGCUGGCUCUGGAGAUGAGGCGGUCUGAGCACCAGGCCACGGAGCAAACAGAAUCACCACCGAAUAUGGACCAGAGGCAAAUAAAUUCCUAUGUGGAGAACGAAUUUGCGCUACAGCUACAGAUAAACGACCUGAAGGCUUUGAAAGAUAAAGAAAGCCACAAAGUGAACGUGCUGAGACAACACGUCGACUCUCAGGAGCUGCAGAUCAACACUCUGAAGAGGGCGGCCGAGACUAACGAGGCAAAGCUCUCGGCCUUGUCUUCCACUCCUCACGGAGCCGACGCUGCCAAACUGUGGAGCCAUCUGUACCAGAAGACGUUGAGCGAGAAGGACGACCAGCUGCUCGAGCAGGGCUUUGUGAUCAAAAGGUUCCUGGAGGACAUGAGAGCCAAAGACAAAGAGGUGAACGAACUGCGAGUUACCAAGUCGAGGCUGGAGCGGACGCUGAACGAAUACUCGGUCGCGGCCGCCGCACAGCAGAGGCAGCUGUUUGUCUUGAGCGCCAGCAACGCCGAACUGAGCGAGUCCGUGGAGCUGGCGACGGUGCAGGUGAAGGAACUCGCCGCUCGAGUGGAACGAACGGAGAGAGACAAGAACGGACUCAACCGGCGGCUCGCCGACAAGGAGGACGCCAUCUCGCACAUGCAGCUGAAUCUCCAGCAAACAGAGGAGAUCAACGCGGACACGGACGCUCAGCUCCUCCUCUUACAAACUCAAAACGACCAACUUCAGGCCGACUUUGAGAAGCAGGAGGGAAUCUCUCUGCAACUGAAAACGCUGCUUCGGAGCAAAGACGCCGAGAUCUCCUCCCUGUUGUCCUGUCGAGACGGACAGAUGUCGGGGUACCUGGAACAACUCCAGGCCAACUAUCGCUCGCAGGCUGCAGUUUACGAGGACCGGUUGACGUCUCUGCGCUACCAGAGGGAAGUGGCCGACAAAGAGUUGAGAGGCCUCGAAGCAAAGGUCAAAAGUCUGCACAUCAAAGUGAACAGAUCUGUCCAGGAAAAGGAGCAGAUGGCGGCGAAGAUGGAGUCAUUCAAGAACUCGAUGGUGUCUCUGCAGAGCGAGCGGGAGCGACUCGUUUCAGACUACAGAAUACUUGAGGCGAAGAGCGAGCUGGAGUUGAAGGGCAAAGACGGCUCCGCCGACGGAGAGGGAGGUGCAGCCAAAGGCCUUAAGCAUGAAAUAAGGAAAUUGUUACAUCAGAUGGACGAUCUCAACUCGGAGAACGCGAUGCUCAGGGCCCAGCUGGUCCGGUACCGAGAGGACCUGAACCAGGUUCUGUCCCUGAAGGACAACCAGCUGAAGCUGCUGCUGAAGAAGCAGCAGGAUGUGAUCAAAAACCUGGAAACCCAAAAGGCCGCGGCCGAGAAGCAGCACAGGUUGUCUCGGCUGGACGUCCAGAAGGAAGAGGAGGCGGGCCACUCGCUGAGAGCGGAGAUUUCCGAACUCGCCGCACAGGUUUCAUUCCUGGAAACACAAGCAUCGUCUCAGAAGAAGGACAGAGCGACGACGAACGUGGCCAAAGUCAUUUCUGAUCUGCAGGAAGCCGUCGCGGCCAAAGCGGCCGAAUGUAACGACCUCCGGCAAAAACUCCUCGCUCAGAAAACCUUCGCCGACGAACUGGUUGAAAAGAUGCAGCUGGUGGAAAACGAGACGGACAAGAAACUGUCGGAAGCCGAAGACAAAUACAACAGCGAGCUGGACACCUUCGAGCGCGAGGUGGAGCUGAUGAGGAACGGGCAGGAGACGGCCGACCGGCGGGUGGAGGAACUCGCCAAAGACCUUCUCGACAUGGAGCAGCGGUUAUCGGAGGCCAACGCUCAAAGUAGAGGCGUGAAGGCUCAGAACGAGUCUCUCUGCAAAGCCAUGGCUGCUCUGCAGAACGACCGCGACCGGCUCAUCGAGGACUUCAAGAUCCUGAGGAACGGCUACGACCAAGAGCUGCGAGAAUCGCAGGCGGCGUUGAACAAGGUGGAGCGCAGCCUGCGGGACGCCACCGCAGACCUGGCCGCCUUCGGCGAAGAGAAGGACGUCCUCGUGCGUAAAGCCAAUGCCUUGGAGAGCAAAGACGCUCACGCGGAGUUGAGCAAGCUGUCGGACGAGCUGUCCAAGGCCUUGUCGGAGAAAGAGCGGGAACUGAAGCGGGUCGUCGCGGAGAACGACGCGUACGUCCGGCAGCUGUCGGCGUUCUCCAGGUCCAUGGCCAGUCUUCAGAACGACCGGGACCGGCUGCUGGAGGAGUUGGCCGUGAGCAAACGAGCGGUCGAGUCCAGACAAGGGUCGAGCCCGGAGACGGGCGCUGCCGCGUGCGUGGAACAGUCUAGAAGUGGCGUCGGUGGCGUCCAGAGCGAGAAAGACGUGUUGAAGACGGAAACUCACAGGAAGUCGUCUGACGAAAUCAGCAGCUCUCAGGAGGAAGCACCAACUUUGAGGUGUGACGCACAGAGGAAGGACACGCCCCCUGUCAGGGAAGCGACUGCUGCUCCGUCAGGUCAGAGCGCGACAACGGCGGUGAGUCAUCUGGAGGCGGAGCGGCUUCAGCUCCACAGAGACCUGCAGCGCUGCGUCUACGAGAUCCAACAGCGAGACCAGUUCCUCCAGCAGCUCAACGCCAAGCUGCAGCAGGCCGUGGAGGAGAAAGCUGCGGUCUCGGCCCAGCUGAGGGCCGUGUCCCAGACCCUGAGGGACACACAGAACCGCUGCCACUGGCUGGAGAGACAAGUCCAGGUCCAGGCUCAGGGGUCAGUCUGUGCAGAGGUCGCACCGGGAGCGCCGCAGGAGAAGAACAGCGACGUCCUGGAAGUUUCUGAAACCGCUGAAGUCGUUCAGCUCCGAGAGAGGCUGCUGGAGUUGGAGCAGAGUCUGGCGGACGAGCGAGGCCGGAGAGAUUCGGUGGAGGAGGCUCUGCGUGUCGCUGACGACAGAGUGAAGAGCGUCGCUCCGCCCCGAGACGCUCAGAGAGAUAUCCUGGUCGACAUGGAGACGGAAGAGGAGUGGGAGGGGCUAAGUCUCGACCCCAGCCAGCCUCUCAUCACACGACAGGUGAAGGGCGGUGUGGCGGCGUGUCGCCGCUGGCUCAGGGGGCGGAGCCUCUACUUCUCCAGGCUGCUGACGAGCCGCGCCCGCUCUCGUCACCUCUUCCUCGCCUACCUGCUCACGCUGCACCUGCUCGUCCUCCUGUGUCUCACCGGCGCCCUCUAGUGACACGUGAAGCGUUUCUGCUUCAUGUUCAGGACAGUGAAUCAUGUUCUGACAUUAACAUUCAGAUGCUUCGUCAUCAUCAUCAUCGUCACGGACGGUUCUGGAUUCCUCUCGUCGCCAUUUUCUUCCUCUGAUUAAUUUAAUGUUUGUUUCUGGGCAGUUGUUGAAUCAGAAUCAGUGACGACAUCUGAACUUUGUUUCACCUAAGAACGUUAAAGAACGACAACCUCCUCUCCUUCUUCUUCUCCUUCCUCCUCAUCCUUUUUCCUCCUCCCCCUCUUCUUCUUCUCUAUCCUCAUCCUACUUCUUCCUCUUCUUCUUCUUCUCCUCCUCCUCCUCCCUCUUGUUCUUCUCC